AUGAGCUUCCUAAAGACAAGGUUUCUGCUCUUCCUUCUCCUCCCGUUGUCGCAUUCCGUGGCCCGUCUGGCGGCUGCGAAAUCUUUGCCCACCGACCUGCUAUUCUCCACCCCCGCCAUUUCAAUCACAGACACGACGCCGCUUACUGGCACUUGCGACAUUGAAGCUAACUCCUUUUCCUCUGAUAGAACCCAUCAAUUGUCCGCUGCCAUGCAGAACUCGCCGACUUCGACAUCAUCAGGCGAAGACCCCGCCGAGAACACAGCCGAUGAGGAGGAUUCCGAGGAUUACUGCAAGGGUGGCUACCACCCCGUCCAGAUUGGUGAAAAGUUCAAGGACGGAAAGUACACCAUCGUGCGCAAGCUUGGAUGGGGCCAUUUCUCCACCGUCUGGCUUUCUAGAGACAACAACUCUGGCAAGCAUGUCGCCUUGAAGGUUGUUCGCUCUGCCGCGCACUACACCGAGACCGCCAUCGACGAAAUCAAGCUCCUCAACAAGAUUGUCCAGGCCAAGCCAGACCACCCCGGCCGCAAGCAUGUGGUCAGCUUGCUCGACUCCUUUGAACACAAAGGUCCCAACGGCACACACGUCUGCAUGGUGUUCGAAGUUUUGGGCGAGAACCUCUUGGGUCUCAUUAAGAAAUGGAAUCACCGAGGUAUCCCUACGGCUUUGGUCAAGCAAAUCACGAAGCAAGUGCUGCUCGGCCUCGACUACCUACAUCGCGAAUGUGGCAUUAUCCACACCGAUUUGAAGCCCGAGAACGUCCUCAUCGAAAUUGGUGACGUUGAACAGAUUGUCAAGAAGGUCGUUAAGAGCGAACCUGGCGACAAAGAGAACAACAGAAACGGUCGCAGGAGGAGACGCACUCUCAUCACAGGCAGCCAGCCGCUACCAUCUCCUCUGAAUGCUAGCUUCAACCACAACAACCUCUUCCCUAGCACCAACUCCAGCCUCAGCCAAGUGCUACACGAAGAUGGCAAGACAUCUAGCAACGCUUCCCCCAAGCGCGACGCUGACCAAAAGACGCGCGAAAAGACAGCUGAUCUCCUCACAAAGGAAGUUUCCGGCAUUUCACUCGACAAGACCAACUCACCAUCUUCAGGGGAUAAGCGCAAGGCGGAUGAUGCGCAUGCAUUCGAUGUUAUCAGCGUCAAGAUUGCGGAUUUGGGCAACGCCUGUUGGGUCAACCACCACUUUACCAAUGAUAUCCAGACCCGGCAGUAUCGGUCGCCUGAGGUCAUUCUGGGCGCGAAAUGGGGCGCCAGUACCGAUGUUUGGAGUAUGGCAGCAAUGGUUUUCGAACUCAUCACAGGAGAUUACCUCUUUGACCCUCAAUCCGGAACCAAGUAUGGAAAGGACGACGACCACAUUGCACAGAUUAUCGAGCUUUUGGGACCCUUCCCCAAGUCACUUUGCCUGUCUGGCAAGUGGUCCCAAGAGAUUUUCAACCGAAAAGGCGAACUGCGAAAUAUUCACCGCUUGCGCCACUGGGCUCUGACAGACGUCCUCCGUGAGAAAUAUCAUUUCAAAGAGGAGGAGGGAAAGCGCAUUGCCGAUUUCCUCACGCCCAUGCUUGAGCUGGUACCUGAGAAGCGUGCCAAUGCUGGAGGUAUGGCUGGGCAUGUGUGGCUCGACGACACGCCGGGAAUGAAGGGUGUGCGAAUCAAUGGGCUCGAGGUUGGCAGCCGAGGCGAGGGCAUCGAUGGCUGGGCGACUGAGGUGCGGAAACGGUAG